AACCUCAUGCUAAAAGGUAUGUGACAUAUGCACUGUUUUUUCCCCAGUAAGUGUUUGUUUAAAUCUCUAAAAUUUCGAGUUAUCUUUGUCAAUUUCGUCUUAAAGAUAUUUUAUUAAAUUACAGUCCGCUCAAUUAGUUCAUCAUUAAACAUUUGUUCCUUCGGCCGGAUCCGUUGAAAAGUUACCUAUUUUUAGUAAAAUAUCAAAUUUGUCGUGUCGUAAUAUUUUUCUAAUAAAUUGGUGGGUAAAACUUUAAUUCUCGAUUCGGUUAAUGGCUGACCGGAAGUGUGACUUUUAUAGUAGAAUUUAGGUUGGUAGCAGUGUGACAGUUCGUUCAAUCCGCUCAUCUCGUUCGGUCUUAGUCUAUGCUUUGGUGUAUGGCAACAAUUCGGUUGUCAUCUCAUCUGUCAUUGUCAAAGUCAACAAGUUAAUUUUAUUGAGUAACGUAAACUGUUAAUUUAUAUUUUCGUUCUCGUUUUUCGAUAAAUCAACAGUGAUUAUUACGUGAAAAAUGUCGGACAUUGAUGUGAGCAAUAGAGACGUUGACAUGGAUAGGGUUGAACGCAAUUACGCGGUUAUGCGAGAAACAUUACAAGUGUUAGAAAGAUUCGACUUACCCGAUAAAAACUUUAUGUUAUUUCAUCUGUUGUGGGGAAAAUUGGACAAGGCGACUCGGGAGGCCUUCCUCCUCGAGUUCAAUUCCAAUGAAAUUCCAAAGUUUGAAUUGCUACAAGAGUUUGUUGAAAAACAAGUCCGCGCUCUGGAAGUAACGGAGGUUAAGCCCGUAACAAGUGCCAUUAAAGGUAAAGGCAAGGUAACACUAGUUGCCACACAACAAAAUAUAUGUGUUUUCUGUACUGAACUGCAUAACUUAGAAAAUUGUAAAAAAUUUAAAGUUUUAGACACUUCGGAGCGGUUCAAGGUGGUGAAAAACAAGGGCUUGUGUGUUUGUUGUUUCUCCAAAACUCAUAAAGUUAAACAAUGUCGAUCGGAUUGUCGGUGCAGUAUAUGCGGUUGUUCCCACAACACUUUAUUACACUUUGGAAAAAGGGAACCGGCUUCGCCAGAGGCUGAACCAGCACCUCAGCCAACGGUGAGCGGUUUAAAUAGCAAAGUGACUUUGACGUCGGUCCAAAGUAAUGGAUUAGUUUUAUUUGCUACUGCUCGGGUAGCUGUUCGGGAUAGUUCAGGCAAUUAUCAAAUAGCUCGUGCUCUUUUGGACGGUGCUAGUGGUGUCAAUUUUAUUUCCCAUGACUGUGCUCGAAGAUUAGGUUUACAGGUAGAUGAUACUAGCGAGCCAAUUACUGGAAUUGGACUAUCUGAAGUUGCACCUAAGGGUAUGUUAUCAUGCUCUGUUAAACCUAUUGGAUCAGAAAUGGUUAAUUUUGACUUCCAAGCGUCAGUGCUUCCAGUUAUCUGUCCGGAGCAACCAUACUAUAGAGUCAAUACAUCGGAAUGGCAUCACAUUCAAGGUCUACCUCUCGCUGACCCUGACUUUGCGAAGCCGGGCCCAAUAGAUUUACUCUUAAAUGCAGAGAUCUUUGCAUCUUCCAUUUUAAGUGGUAAGAAGGAGGGCCGGAAGGGGCAGUCAAAGGCUUUGGAGACUGUUUUCGGAUGGGUUCUGAUGGGUGACUGUUAUGCCUCUCGUACACAAUCUUUCACUAAUUGUCGGAAAGAUUGUUUUUUUCGUGUCGAAUGCUUCACAAUCAAACUUGUCGCUGUCGUUGGAUGAUUCUCUUAAAAGGUUCUGGGAACUAGAAAAUAUUUGUGGUCCGAGUAAACCUAUCUUGUCGAAAGAGGAUCAACUAUGUGAAGAUAACUUCCGUGCAAAUUAUUGUCGCACGAGUGAAGGCCGGUUCGAGGUACCUCUACCUUUCGUCGAUCCUUCGAACAAGCCUACCUUUUCGCACACUCGUGAAAUUGCAAUGCGGAGAUUUUUUUCGUUGGAACGCAAGCUUACAAAGCAUGCGGAUUUUCGUAAAGCUUAUGCCUCCUUUAUGGAAGAGUAUGAGGUCAGUGGUCAUAUGGAGCAGGUUGCGCCGCCUGUCUCUAGUGUCGGGAAUUUUAAUUACAUCCCACAUCAUGGUAUUUUGCGCCCCGAAUCUGUCAGUACACCUCUGAGAGCCGUUUUUGACGCAAGUUGUCGUGACAGCAAUGGGAUUUCGCUUAAUGAUACACUACUAGCUGGACCUAAGUUACAAACUAAUAUUUUUGAUGUCCUUACUAGGUUUCGAUGGCAUAAAAUAGUCUUUACGGGUGACAUAAAGGCCAUGUAUCGUCAAAUCCUCGUGCCAAACGAGGACGCUGAGUAUCAGCGGAUAUUGUGGCGACCUUCGACUGACGGCCCAGUUAAAGACUAUCGUUUGCGGACGGUAACUUAUGGUGUGAAAUCGGCUCCGUAUCAAGCUUUGCGCACAAUAGCACAGAUAGCGGAGGAGACUGCUGACUCCUAUCCUGAAGGGUCACAAGUGCUUGGGAGAGACAUUUAUGUUGAUGAUGUCGUGACAGGCGCUGACUCUAUUGAGCAAGCUUUAAAAAUUAGAUCAGAUUUAUCUGAAAUUUUGUCGUCGGGUGGGUUCCAUUUGAGAAAAUGGACCUCCAACCAUAAAGGUUUUAUCGUUGACCUUCCAUCUUCUGAGUUGUAUUCGAGUGAUUUUAAACAUUUUGAUGAACUUUCGGAUUUGUCCCUUAAAAUAUUGGGAUUGUUAUGGCGUCCACAAACAGAUUCGUUCCAAUUUGAGGUUGCAACACCACGUGAUCAGAAAUGUA